GAAAGGCAACGGCGAAAUGGUUUGCGCAUUUCUCAGUGCGGGGGCUUCUCCUGCGGUUGUGGACGCCACAGGCGUGAGACCGCUGCACUGCGCUGCUGCUGCCGGCCAGCUUGAGGUGGUGCAGGUUUUGUUGGAGGCCAGGGCGCCAAGUGGCCAGAGGACACUCGAUGGUUCGACGCCCAUGGACAAGGCGGUGGAGAACGGCCGCCAAGAGAUUGUUCUUUUGCUGCAAUCUGCUUUGGGAGGCGGAGGCUGA